AUGGCUCUGAUUCUAGGACAAACAAGACCUCACGAGGACCUGCGUACUAAGCCGCGCACGAAUUUCAUUUCGACCACCUUCCCGGAUGUGCAUGCGGCCCUACCGAACCUGGAUAUCCUCUCGGUUGGCUCUGAUGCUGUAGAGAUACGAGUUGAUUUACUGGUUGAGCCAACCCCCGAUGGUUCUCUAGCGGGCAUACGGAACUCCCUAUUAUAUUUACAACGCGAUGUACCAAAGAAAAUGGCAAGUUCCCAAUGGACGAUCCGUUACUCUUCUACAAAUAUCUUCGGCGAGCAAUUCAAUGGGGGAGUAGAGUAUGUUGAUGUGGAACUAUGGCUCCCAGAGGACAUCCGAAAGCGACUCGCAGAAGCCAAAGGCAGCAGCGUCAUAUUAUCGGCAUUCCACGACUUCUCGGGGGCUUGGAAGUGGUCGGCGCCCGAAGCACAGCGCAUAUUCACAGAGAGCGCCAAAUACGCGGAUAUAGUCAAGAUGAUUGCUAUGGUGCAUAGUGUUGAAGCCAAUUAUGAGCUGGAAUAUUUCCGAUCAACCAUCAAGGCAAGGGGUCCUGGACCGUUAUUAUCUGCCGUCAAUAUGGGUCAACUAGGCCAGCUUUCCCCUGCCCCAGGCCAAUUGACGGCCGCCGAAAUCAACGAGGCGUUGCAUAUCAUGGGGCAAUUGCCGAAGCGUGAUUUAUAUGCGAUUGGGUCUUUCAGAGCCACUCCGCAAUCGAUGUUCAUACGGAAAUGCCUGAAUGAGCUGGGCUUACCACACACGUUUUCCACAAUUGACCGAGGUCCGAAAGGCUCUAUGGAAUCUAUUCUGUCGCAACCUGCGUUUGGUGGUGCUUCCGUCAAUCCGCCAAUCUCCAGCGCGACUCCGUAUAUUCCUACAAUCAGCGAGGCUGCCCGUGCGAUAGGACUCGUGGAUACGAUCGCCUUAAGCAACGCAACAACAGGCAGCUCUGUAGAUGGCGCUGCGCGUAUCAUUGGAGAGAACGCGACAUGGAAGGGCAUUCGGGCUACCUUGACCCAAGAGUACGUUCCCUCCGCUUACCAUGGCCGAGCUGCAAUCAUCGUCGCCGGUUCAGAAACCCACGCUUCAGCGGCGAUAUUUGCGUUGCGCAGCCUGGACAUCGGCACUAUUUACACGGUAGGCUUCAAAGCAGUUGGCCCUCUUGCUGCGGGCCUUGAGCCAUUCACUUCUAUUCAGUCAGUGAAACUGGUCGAGCAACCUUUCGUUAUAGUGUCUGCACUGCCACCUGAGAAGUCGUUGCUGGUGCAACCCCUGUUGAGGCACUAUAGCAGUAACGGUCGGUCGUCCCCCUGCUCCACUUGUGGGAAGGUCUACCUUGAUUUGACUACUGGGCCGCGUAAGGGUGACCCAGCAAGUGUGGCCGCCAGCGCCGGAUGGACGGCUUAUGGGUCAGAGGAUGUCGACGCAUGGACUACUGUCGAGACUCUGCGCCUAUUGGUCGGGCAGAAUGUGCCCUUUGAUUUUGUACGCAUGGCGUCUGGGCGACCACUAUUCUAG